AUGUCCUCGGAGGAUCGGUUCAAAGGUAUUGUAUGUGAUUUGGGCGGAGCGCAAGCUCUGGUUUCGUUGAUUCGUAGGCCAGGGAAAGUGCGCAUUGCAGCACUGAGUGCACUUGAAGAGCUUAGUGACUUUGGUGAGGACCCUGGGGCAUUUAUGCUGCUGAUGCCUGGGGUAAGAGGAGUGCGUAAUGCGAUGAAGAAGCGGGUCGGAAAGGCACUUCUGUCAAGUAAAGUGGUUAUAGUCGUUAGUUCGAUCCUCUCCGAAUUGGGUCCUGAUUAUCUAUCCGUUGCCAUUAAGCUUCUCUACCGGUUAGUGGGCUGUUUGUUUGCGUUUCAAAGUCCCGAUCGUGUUGUGAAUUAUGAGGAUGUGCUUCGACACAGGGCAUUCGUUGAUCUUUUUGAGACGGUCCCCGUAGCCGUUCUGGCUGCAGAGCUCCAGCGUAGUGCCCAUGGUCGUUUUAACGAACUGCACGCUCAAGUGCGAUCUCUGAUUUGCAUCUUGCUGGAGACUAUGCGAGAUCUUUGCACCGACGUUCAAUCGACUGACCACUUGUUUAUCGGUAGCCGGGUCGUGGUUCGGGAUGACGCGACCGGGUGGUUCUCUGGCACCAUUGUGGCCAGAAAGUUUGAUGAGUGGCUUGUGCGCCGUGAUUAUGAUCCCACACAAAGCCGUGUCUGGAAGUUUGUCGAGGGAAUAGGUGCCCCCUCUUCCCUCGUCCAGGCGAUCGAACUUCUGUACAAGGCGGGUAUCGUUCCUGCUCUGCUUGACAUGUUAGAGACGCGGGAUGCGAUUACACGAUGCCUCGCUCUGCGAGUUCUGCAACUGUUUUCUGAUAUGAUCGCCUCUUCGGAAAUGAGGUCGACCAUGAUAGAAGAAGAUUGCAUACCAAAACUGCUACAUUUAAGAGAUCACCCUAAGCAGUUUUCAUGUGAUAGCCUUGAUGAGCAUGGCUUGAUAUUGACUGUCUUGUACAAUUUGUGCACUCAAAGCAUCCAGGCGUGCGCGGUUAUCCAUCAGGCAGGUGGGGUGCCCAUUUUGAUCGACUGGCUUUGCCAGUCCUCAGAAAGAGAAACUGAGACGGUGGAGCGAAUCUUGGACCUGCUGGCGUUUCUUCUCCAUGGCGACAAUCGUGCUCGAGCUGUGGCCUUCCAGUUUGGGAUGGUUCCGAAACUGGUCUUGUUCAUUCGAAGGAACUGCGAAGAUGAUAACCGUCUGUUCCUUGCCGUAGCCGCUGCGUGGGCAUUGGCAUACCUUGUGUUUGAUGACGUGCCGGCGGGCCCAGUUCUCGCUCCAGGGGCCCACGAACCUAUGACGGCGUUGAUUGCAGAUGGUGCCAUAUGUGUGUUCGAGCAGCUUGCGGCAAGUUCGGCUCAGGGAGACAGCUUCCCGGACGAGUUUUCAAAAUUCUUGCAGGGCAUGCGCGCGUUCCGUGGCAUGCAGGGUGAGCUGGUGUCCAGAAUGUGA